AAGUGUCCCUGAACGCAGCAGCCGGAUAUGCGUGACUGACGUCCUGCGGAAGUAAACAAUCCCCAGCUGACGUGGAGCUGCAGACUGUCACCGACCAGCUCGGACUUAUGGGACAGACUGGAAUUGGAUCCGCUGGUUCAGAGGAACAUUAGUCGCUCCAGUUCCUCUCUUUGUUGAUUAGUUCUUAAAGUGGCUCUGCUGGUGUCGUCUGACCCCCCGGGAUAAACUAACGGCCCUCGGUAAGAGACGGAAAACUCGGAAAUAAAAUGGCGGCAGCGGAGGAGGCCAGCAGACCGUUCGCCGGACUGUCAGACGUCUCCAUCUCGGAGGACAUCCCGGUGGAGGGAGACAUCUCGGUGCCCCUCGGCCCGUCCACCAGGCGGGACGAGGAGUUCUCCACGCUGGACGAGCCCGUGAAGGAGACCAUCCUGCGGGACCUGCGGGCGGUGGGGAACAAGUUCAUCCACGUCCUGUACCCGAAGCGGAGCACGGCUCUGCUGCGGGACUGGGACCUGUGGGGCCCGCUGCUGCUCUGCGUCACGCUGGCUCUGCUGCUGCAGGGCGGCGCCGCGGACAGCGACGACCAGGGGGGGCCGCAGUUCGCCGAGGUCUUCGUCAUCAUUUGGUUCGGCUCCAUCAUCAUCACCCUCAACUCCAAGCUGCUGGGCGGCACCAUCUCCUUCUUCCAGAGCCUGUGUGUGUUGGGCUACUGCAUCCUGCCUCUGACGGUGGCCAUGGCCGUGUGCCGGAUCGUCCUGGUCGGCGGCUCGGGGACGGUCAGCUUCGCCGUGCGGCUGGUGGUGGUGACGGCGUCCUUCGGCUGGUCCACUUUCGCCUCCACGGCCUUCCUCGCCGACAACCAGCCUCCCGACCGCAAGGCGCUGGUGGUGUACCCGGUGUUCCUUUUCUACUUCGUGAUUGGGUGGAUGAUCCUGACGUUCUCGCCGUCACAGUAGAAGCGAGAAACCAAAAAGGAAGUGUUUGUUAAAGUGAUAGCAACGAGGGGAGGUUUUUUUUUUCGUGGAGUGGAAGAACUCAUACAAACACCGGUGUUGGCCUUGGAACGAAGAUGAAAUGACUACUGAAGUGACUGGGAGUGUUUCUGGGCCUCUGGGAAAGCAUUUAGACUCACGGGACACCAAAAUAAUUCCUUUUCAGGCGAAGCUCGUACUCCAAUUCAGAGAAGUCCGGUGGACACUGUGCUGCAGAUGGAGAGUUGAAAAAGCUGAUGAUUAUGUUCACAUUCACGAGCUGUGUAGAAAUAAAGUCCAUAGGCUUGUAUGGAGGAGUGCUCUGUGAAUGUUUGACCUACCUGGGCUACAAAUUCUCUUCUUCCCUGUUCUCUCUGGGCGUGUUGGAAACCUCAUACUGUCUUAACACUGAUACUGUUUCAGAAAUCAGCCUGACAGCUCACAUUUUCACUCUACAUUCUUCAUUUUUUAGACAUUAGCAGACGCUUUCAUGCAUCUUGACUGUCGAGUGUAGUCUUUGGGCUCUAGUAGUCCUUUUUUGUCAUGUUUUGUAUUUUGGAGGGUAAUUUUUGUUUGUAUUAGACAGAUGACAGGAGAGAGAUUGGGAAUGACCUGCAGCUAAGGUCUCCAGCUGGAUUUGAACAGGGAACGUCACGGUUCAUGGCUCGGCUUCUGAAUCCCCUCGGCUCCCAGAGCACUGUUAUGGCUGUACAAUAAAUAUGAAGCUACAGCCAGUUAGCUUAGCUUAGUGUAACGACUGGAAAAGGAGGGGGUAAGAAAAUCCACCUACCGACAGCUCUAAAUAAUGAAAACGAAAGUGUGAAAACAAUAAUUAUUCAUUCCAUUGUGCGGGGGUUAUGCAACAGAAUAUUGCUUGUCCAGGUGUAAACAUGAAAGUGGUACCUAUCUAAUCCUCCAUAUCUCCGCAAGAAAGCUAACACAUGUAUUUCACAAAAUAUCAAAAGAAAUCUUUUGGGGCUGGAUAUAGUCUAAAUGAUGCAGACAUGGAGUAGUAUAAACUUCACUGCGUGUCUGUAUCGGUGACAUGUUCACACACAUUUGUUCGGUCCCUUGCAGACAUGAAGAAGGGCAAAAUAUACUGUAUGUUACGCAGAUGCAGAAACUAUAAUUUGGACUUUAAGUAGUGAAAACAAAGUAUUGAUUCAGUCUGAUAAUCUGGCUAGUUAUUUCCUCUAACGCAGGCAUGUUGCACACUGGCAGUCAGCUUGCGUUGUGUUCAAACGCUUUAACUUUAACAUAAAGUGUGUCCUCAGUCAGCCUUUGUCUGUGCUUGUUCUUUGAGGUCUUCUUGUUGUGUAAAAUGACAGAAGAAGCUCAAGUCUCUUGCUGCAGAAACUGCCCAACAGCCAGUGUUAAAGAGCCCAGAGCUUCCUGUUAGAAGAGAAGAUUUUGGGAGAUACUU